AUGACAACUUCUCCAGUUUGUUUCGGAGCGUCAGCCGACUCUUUUGGACGCUUUGUAACUCCAAUCGCAGGUGAUUUGCUAACAUUCAAGCUUAUACAUCAAAGUGGAUCUGUAGAGUGCGCAGCAGGUUGGUCAUCACGCUGGGGUUGCACUCUUCCUAGUGUUUCCAAAGAUCACCGACUUGGAACUCACAUCAUAACCAAUUCCCAGAGUGUACGACUUCUUCCAAAAGAUGACUAUUUUUUUGUGGAAGGAUCACCAUGCAACAAUCACUAUUACGGCCUUCCAGGUCAAGCUGCUGACUCACCAGAGCUGCUGUUUGAUAAUUUUUCUACUCCUUUGCAUGUAUCGGUAGGACAGGAAUUCCAGAUAUGGUUCGGGGAAGAUUUAAACAAAUGCUGGCAUGAAAAUAAUGGGCUGGGAAAGACGUGUGUUUUAGUACUUGGGCUUUUUGUUUAA